UAACUGUAAAAUAAAAUUAAAAACUCCACUCCCCCACAAAAAUAGAAAAAAGGAAAAAGGAAAACCCCAUCAUUCCUCCCUUCUUCUCCAGGCCCAUGAUUAAUUAGCUGCAGAUAUUUAGUUUGCAUUUAACUAAUCAAAGCUAAAACCCAGCGCUCUCUAAUGGAAACUCCACUGAACAUUUUGCCUCUAAAACGCGCAGCUCCAAACGAGUCGCGUUUUAAUGGAAAUAAGAGGAUGAAACAGAUGAAAGAAAAAGUAACGGAUUACUCUGAUCCAUUUGCAAUUCAUGGUUUGCUUGACCGGUUAGAUAGUGGGAGAUAUGGAAGUGUUACGGACGAUAUACGAUCACUUUUUAAUCGGAAAGCUCAAAUGAUUCAUACCUUUUUGGUUAUGUAUCCUGAGCUUGCGAAUGAGUCACGUGGUCGAGGGAUGAGUUUCAGUGAGGAAAAGUGUAAUGUGAUUGAUUUGGAUGAUGGUGAUGAUGAUGAGGGUGGUGGUGGAAAUGUUGCUGCGGGAAGAAUGCCGGUUGUGGUUAUUGAUUCCGAUGACGAAGUAGAGAGUAAUGAGAAUAGGAUGGCUGGGCAUUUUCAGGGGAUUGUUUUGCCGAAGCCCGAGGGGCAAUUUCUUACUGACCUUAUGUUUAGUGACCUUGCCGAGAGAAGAAUUCAUGGAGAGGUAGUAAGUCUUACUGGUGAACCUGACAUCACAAAAGAUAAAGGUGUUUAUGUUGGUGUAGAGGAGGAUGAAGUUGAUACAGGGAUUGAAGAUGAUGGCCUAGGAGAUAUUUGGAAAGAGAUGUCAUUCGCACUGGAAUCUUCCAAGGAUGUUGUUGAAAAUCCUCAACCUGAUGAAAACAUGGAAGAAGAUGAAGAUUAUUGCGACCACUCUUUUGUCUUGAAGGAUGAUAUUGGUUAUGUUUGUCGCAUAUGUGGGGUUAUUGAGAAAGCAAUUGAUACCAUAAUUGAGAUCCAGUUUAAUAAGGUCAAAAGGAAUACAAGGACGUACAUGUCUGAAUCCUGCAAUGCCAAGGACACAGAUUCAAAUGGGAUGGUUGGAGUUGAUUUGUUUGAAGAAGAUUUGACGCUAACUGACAUCCCUGCUCAUCCAAGGCACAUGAAGCAGAUGAAACCGCAUCAAGUGGAAGGUUUCAAUUUUCUUCGCAAUAAUUUGGUGGCAGAUAAUCCAGGGGGGUGCAUCUUGGCCCAUGCUCCUGGAUCUGGCAAGACAUUUAUGAUAAUCAGUUUCAUGCAAAGUUUCCUAGCCAAAUAUCCUCAUGCAAAACCAUUAGUGGUGCUUCCAAAAGGAAUAUUGUCUACAUGGAAAAAGGAGUUUCAGAUAUGGCAGAUUGAGGAUAUUCCACUUUAUGAUUUUUACUCUGUUAAAGCAGACAGUAGGCAUCAGCAAUUGGAGGUCUUAAAACAGUGGUUGGAGCAUAAGAGUAUCCUUUUCUUAGGGUACAAACAGUUCUCCUCUAUAAUCUGUGAUGAUGGGAAGAACCAGGUGUCAGUAACUUGCCAGGAGAUAUUGUUAAGGAGACCUUCAAUUCUAAUUUUGGACGAAGGGCACACUCCGAGGAAUGAGAAUACAGAUGUGUUGCAAUCUCUAGCCAAAGUGCAGACACCUCGUAAAGUUGUGCUUUCUGGAACCCUCUACCAAAAUCAUGUCAAGGAAGUGUUCAAUGUAUUGAAUCUAGUUCGUCCUAAGUUUCUGAGGAUGGAUACUUCCCGAGGUAUUGUCAAGCGCAUCUUGAGUAAAGUAAACAUUCCAGGUGCAAGGAAGCAAUUCAAAGCAGGUGCAGAUGCAGCUUUCUAUGAUCUGGUAGAGCACACCAUGCAGAAAGACCAAGAUUUUAAAAGGAAGGUGACUGUUAUACGAGAUCUGCGUGAGAUGACUAGCAAGGUUCUUCAUUAUUAUAAAGGAGAUUUCCUGGAUGAGCUUCCAGGACUGGUUGAUUUUACUGUAGUGCUGAAUCUCAGUUCCAAACAGAAGCACGAAGUGCAGAAGUUGAAGAAGUUUGCAGGGAAGUUCAAGAGAAGUUCUGUUGGGAGUGCUGUUUAUCUACACCCAAAGUUGCACUCCUUCUCUGAGAAUUCUGCUGUAACUGAUGAUAUGAUGGAUAACUUGUUAGAGACAUUAGAUGUGAGAGAUGGAGCCAAGGCGAAAUUCUUUCUCAAUAUAUUAAGCUUAUGCGAGUCAGCUGGGGAGAAGCUCCUGGUUUUCAGCCAGUACCUCACACCAUUGAAGUUCUUAGAAAGACUUGUGAUGAAAGUAAAGGGCUGGAUUCUGGGAAAAGAUAUCUUUGUGAUCUCAGGGGAAUCAAGUUCUGAUCAUCGUGAGUGGUCCAUGGACCGUUUCAAUAAUUCCAUAGAUGCUAAAGUUUUCUUCGGAUCUAUUAAGGCAUGUGGAGAAGGGAUAUCAUUGGUGGGGGCUUCUCGCAUAAUCAUCUUAGAUGUUCAUCUUAAUCCUUCAGUAACUCGCCAGGCAAUAGGACGUGCAUUCCGACCUGGGCAAACAAAGAAAGUGUAUGCAUAUAGGCUGGUUGCUGCCGAUUCACCAGAAGAGGAGGAUCAUACUACUUGCUUCAGGAAGGAAGCCAUUGCUAAAAUGUGGUUCGAGUGGAAUGAAUACUGUGGUUACCAGGAUUUUGAGGUGGAGACUGUUGAGUUGGAUGACAGUGGAGAUUGCUUCUUGGAAAGUUUGCUGGUGAGGGAUGAUGUAAGGCUUCUGUAUAAAAGGUAGGACCUGGGUUGACAGGGCUGAAGCGCUGGUCUAGGCUGAAAUAAAUUCCGACUUCUCUGACCCAGAAACUGUACAUUCUUUCCUGGUUCGUGGACAUAAAGCAAUGAAAGGCAUCUUGGAUGUUGCAAGCAAGAUUGACAACAGAUGCUCAGUUGUCAUUUUUGACUUUUUAUACCCAACUUUUAAAUCUUCAAGUGAAAGAACCUGCGGCAUACCUCCAGAAUUUUAACCUUUGUAAAUAUUCGUCAGUUUUUUGUCAUGGUUUUCCCGUCUAUGUGGUUGUAAGUGUACAGGGAACCAUGGCAGCAUGAAUGCUUGACAAAUAUGAAUUUGUUCGUCUUUAGUAA